UAGUAGAUGGUUUCCUCUUGAACCGAGCUCAACACAGUCAAAAGAAGCUUUAACAAGACUGGAGCCAACAGAGUCAAAAGGAGCUACUGCAGUGCCACACCCUGACAUGCAGAGUGCACCUCCAGAGUGGAAUGAGAUGCUUCAGGGACACAUAGCAGCAGCCCAGGGGGCGGAGUGUGAGAAAUAUCAUCAAGAAAAGAUGAAACAGCAAGAGGGAAUCUCUGAUCUCGAAGAGCAACAGACUAAGAAUGGAGAACACACCUUGUACAACUACUAUGAGGAGAAAAUCCGUCCCUGUAUUGAUCUCAUUGACUCCCUGAGAGCGCUCGGAGUAGAAAAGGACCUGGCUUUGCCAGCAAUUGCAGUGAUUGGAGACCAGAGUUCUGGAAAAAGCUCGGUCCUAGAAGCCCUGUCUGGAGUUGCUCUUCCUAGAGGCAGUGGUAUUGUUACCAGAUGUCCCUUAGUGCUCAAACUGAAAAAACUGGCUCCUCAGCAGGAAUGGAAAGGGAAAAUUAGUUACCUGGAUAUAGAUGAAGAACUCCACGAUCCCUCAGUGGUGGAUAAGGAAAUAAGAAAAGCCCAGAAUGCAAUAGCUGGUGAAGGAGUGGGCAUUAGCCAAGAAAUAAUUUCCCUCGAAAUUAGCUCUCCAGUUGUUCCAGAUCUGACACUGAUUGAUCUUCCAGGGAUUGCUAGGGUGGCUGUAGGGAAUCAGCCACGAGACAUUGGAGAACAGAUCAAAAAACUAAUUAAAAAAUUUAUUGCUAAGCAAGAGACUAUAAAUUUGGUAGUGGUGCCAAGUAAUGUGGAUAUCGCAACAACAGAGGCACUGAAAAUGGCUCAAGAGGUAGACCCUGAUGGGGAGAGAACUCUAGGGAUCCUAACAAAACCAGAUUUGGUGGACAGAGGAACUGAGUCGUCAGUUGUUGAUAUCGUACAAAACCUUGUCAUCCACCUAAAGAAGGGUUAUAUGAUUGUUAAAUGUCGUGGGCAGCAAGAUAUUUGUGACAAACUCACCCUGGCCUCUGCAAUCCAGAAGGAGAGAGCUUUCUUUGAGCAGCAUGAACAUUUUAGAGUUCUUCUGGAUGAAAACAAGGCUACUAUCCCCAUUUUGGCAGAGAAACUUACAGCUGAGCUUGUGGAACACAUUAAUAAAUCUUUGCCCGCUUUAGAAGAGCAAAUAAACAUUCAACUCCAAACAGCAAGUGAAGAGUUACGCAAAUAUGGCAAAGGCACACCAAAAGCAGAAGGAGAGAAGUUGUUUUUUCUAAUAGAUAAAAUCAAAUUGUUUAAUCAAGACGUUGUGAGUUCAGUGGCGGGAGAAGAAAAGUUGUUUGAAAAUGAAAUUAGACUGUUUACAAAAAUCCGCACAGAGUUUCAAAAAUGGGGGAAGCUACUUGAUGACAGUGCAUUGACUGUUAGAAAAACUAUACAACAUGAAGUGUGGAGAUUUGAAAAACAAUAUCGUGGAAGAGAGCUCCCAGGUUUUGUCAGUUACAAGGCAUUUGAGACCAUUGUAAGACAGCAAAUCAUGGUACUAGAAGAACCAGCUAUUGAGAUACUGAAGAAAGUAAUUGAACUUGUCCGAAAAUCUUUUACAGAAGUUGCCAAAGAUCAUUUUGAGGAUUUUCAAAAUCUUAACAGAGCUGCUAAGGACAAAAUUGAAGACAUUAGAGACAAACAAGCAGAGGAAGCUGAAACAAUGAUCCGAGUCCAGUUUAAAAUGGAGCAGCUUGUAUACUGCCAGGACAAUGUUUACAGCCAAGACUUAAAAGUUAUCAGGGAAGAAACACCAAAGGAAGCAGCCAACAGUCUGAACCUGACUGCCUUGAGUUUCAAUUCUGGCACUGUUCCAACCCAGAACCACUCUGCCAUUAUGGAAAUGGGUUAUCACCUGGCAGCAUACUUCAGUAGUGCAGGUAAACGUCUCUCCAGCCAAAUUCCUCUGAUCAUCCAGUUCUACAUCCUUCAGGACUUUGGAGAUAAAUUACAGAAUUCAAUGCUGCAACUUUUACAAGAAAAAGAAAAAUUGAGCUUCUUUCUUCAGGAACGGCAAGAUGCUGCCGCUCAGAGGCAUUUUCUGAGUGGACGAAUUCAUCGUCUCACACAAGCUCGCCUUCGCUUAAUAAAAGCUGUGCUGUAGCCUCUCUGCUUUAAACAGUCUGUUUCAAAUGUCAGUUCUUGGUACUGGAAAGAUCUAUAAUCAGAGCUUUGUAUAACACUUUAGAAAUUGUGUAUCUGUCUACACUAUCCUUAAAAACUGAAUUAACUAAGUCAGAGUUUAGCUAAAUCAGGUAAUUGCUUUAACCUCAUCAGUUGUGUGUCUCUCAUGUUCACCUGUGAACCAUUUUAGUUUAAUGUAUAGCAUUAAGACUUUCUUAUGCCUCCCCGUAAUUCUGUUGCUACUGGGAAACAUUCUGAAUGUGUUCAUUUUAACAUGCGAGGACACGAGCUCUCCACUACGGAACAUGCAUCCUACAGUAGGCAAAUGAAUUCAACUAUAUUGCAGUGAGAGACUGAAUCAAAAGUGUACGUAUAUUUUAAAUGUGUGCUUUCCUGCUCACCUUUCUGUUGUGUUCUUCUGCAUGCUUUAUUUCAGCCAUGGAAAUUAGUUAGUCUGUUUUGACAUUUUGGAAGUAUGGUAUAUAUUAAAAGAAACAAAGGUAAAUGUCCCUUUGCAAGUGUAGUGUGAGGAUAUAAAGUUGUUAGAUCCUGGACUGAGAUCCUCUGUAUGUCACCUGAUGUCCUGGCCCAAUCACUGGGAAAGAACUUAAUCUUAAUGUAGCUCAACAAAUCAUGAGUUGAGACCAAGUUGUUUCUAUGAGUGUGUACUGUAAUUAUGCUUCUAUGAAACUCUAUUAAAAAUUCUUAUAUUGUUCUUGUAAAGCAACUGAGGUUGAUCCCAUCAGACGGUUCAAUGGCCUACCCAAAGGGGUGGUAGAUAAGCAUACAUAGCUUAUGUUGACCUGUGUUUGUUAGAUACGAUGGAAGAGGUGAGGGGCAAAUGGGCAUAGUCUGAGCUUUCUUUAGUGUGGAAGCUUUCUUGGCCCUACUCAACUCUAGAAACUGAAGUCUCUAUUUAUAAAAAGAAGUACAUUAUGCUGCUGCUAUUCUGUCAACAGUAAUGUGAGCUUAUGGUCUUAAAAGAAAAAAAGCCCUGAAAGUAACACUUUUGGACACACAAGUUUUCUUUGAUUAAACUUCAAGUUAUCCUUCAUAUGCAUUCAGUAGAGAACUUGAAAGAAAAGUAUUUACCAAGUAUCAUUGGAACACAGCAUGUGCUUGUUACAACUAAAGAUAGGUCCAGUACUGACUCAAAUCCAACCUUCUAUCCCUCCAAGUAGCAAAAUAGAUACCUCCCCUGAGUCCUUACUGCCUUUAAGAUGAGCUUCCUUGCCACUUGUAAGUUCACUAAGUAUCACUAAAACUGUCCUUCCCAUCAAAGUUAUUUAGCAGUGGGGGGUAGUCAGCGCUUCUAAAAGUCAAGCCAAGUAACCUGUUUAAAGGACUACCAGGAAGCUUGCUGAAAGGUUGGAGAAAAAACCAGCUCCCUUAGGUGUCCCAUCUUGUGCUUAAAUCAGAAGAGUAUCCUUCAUCUCUGAGGCUCUCAAGGUGCUUUACAGACUUCCAGUCAACAAAAAGAUUGAGGGAGGUAGAAAUGCUGUAAUAAAUUACUGCAAGGAGAAAUGAUUUGUAAAAGAUUUAUUAAUUAGUUGUACCACUUAUGUGCAAGACAACCGCAUUUGUUUUCUUAAGAAAUUUUGUCUUGUUUUGGUAUACAUUGCUAUUUUUUUAAAAAGUCAUUCCUCUGAAGAGAUUUGUCAUUCCUAUAGAAAGUGACUCAUUAUGGCUUUUCUGUCCCCCUGAACAUUCUAGCCUUUACAACCAUUUUAAAAAUAUUAUUUAAGUGGCACUCUGAUAUAUAACAGAUUGUGGUUCCAAAACUGAAGUGGAAAUUUCUCCAACUCAAGCUUUGGGAAUUAAGAUACCAUUAAGUAACAGCAAACUUGGUCAUUUCACUCCAUUGGAGAGCACAUAAAGCAGGAGAAGAGACAUACUGAGUCUCAUUACUUUUGGUCAAUUUGUCAGCACCAUACCAGUGUCUUUUUGUACACCUCUAAAACUAUAACAUUUUAUUUUUCCUCUUCUAGAACAUUAAAAUCAUCGGACUUAUGUGAAUGGUUAGUGGCUUUGUGUUUUUUGUUUUGUUUUUUAAAAAAAA